UCUCGAUGAGUGCCGUAGUUUUCAACUACAGCAUAAACCACAACGCCUUAUCCAGAGGAGUCUGCCUGUGGUACCUUGGGAUUCCCCGUUGCGCCUGUUGCUCGUCCUAGGCUAUCGCCAGCGUCGUCACCUCCUAUGAGCCCGGUAUGGCCGGAUUUGCCCCCCCGCCGAUGCCCCCCGACCCCCCAACGGAGCUGGGAAGGCUCCGGAUCCUCUCCAAGACGGCCGGAAUCCGCGUGUCCCCACUGGCGCUCGGUGGAGGUAAUAUUGGACAGGCAUGGAACGCUUCAUGGGGGGUCAUGACCAAAGAGCGGUCCUUCGAGCUUCUUGACGCAUAUCUCGAGGCGGGCGGCAACUUCAUUGACACAGCAAGCACCUACCAGGACGGGGAAUCGGAGGUGUGGAUCGGGGAGUGGAUGGCAGCGCGCAAGGUUCGCGAUCGCCUCGUCGUCGCCACCAAGUACACGUCCGACUUUGGCAUGUACGACUUCGCCAACCCGGGCGUGCAGAAGGGCCAGAAGGCCAACCACGGCGGCAACUCGCGGCGGAGCCUGCACAUGAGCGUGCGGCAGUCGCUGCGCCGGCUGCAGACGGAUUGGAUCGACAUCCUGUACGUCCACUGGUGGGACUACACGACGUCGGUCGAGGAGGUCGUCGACUCGCUGCACAUCCUCGUGCAGCAGGGCAAGGUGCUGUAUCUCGGCGUCUGCAACACGCCGGCCUGGAUUGUCAGCGCGGCGAAUACCUACGCUAAGGCGCACGGGAAGACGCAGUUCAGUGUGUAUUCGGGCCGGUGGAGCUUGCUGGUGCGCGACAUGGAGCGUGAGAUCGUGCCCAUGGCGCGGGCGUUCGGCAUGGCCAUUGUUCCGUGGGGUGUCCUGGGCCAGGGCAAGUUCCAGAGCGACGAGGCGAUCAAGGAGCGGGAAGAGUCCGGGGAGCCGCUCCGUCCCUACGGCGGCGGGCGCGAGGUCGAGCUGAGCCGCGCGCUGACUACGGUCGCUGCAGAGCAGGGCACCAACUCUGUCACGGCGAUCGCGCUCGCCUACAUCCUGCGGAAGGCGGCGCUUCUUGGCGUGCACAAUGUGUUCCCGGUGGUCGGUGGGCGGAAGACCGAGCAGCUGAAGGACAACAUUGCCGCGCUGAGCAUCUGGCUCACCGAAGCGCAGGUGGCCUAUCUGGAGAGCGUCAAGGACUUCGACAUCGGGUACCCGUCCAGCAUGAUAGGGGAAGACCCGAAUGUGACGGGCAUUCCGGGCCAUAUGUCGGCAACGAGUGCGUAUUUGGCGUUUCCUGGAGCGACGAAGCGAUAAUCCAGACGGUGACAAUUUAGACCUUCUCUGGCCGGAUAGAAGGUAAUACUGCACACAACAUCGAUGCUAGUGGAACUCGCGCCUCAAGGGACAUAUUUUGUUCUGUUUGCUCGUUGCUUAAAGUGCCUGGUAAGAAAAUAUGAAACACUCAUAAUCCGACUCGUUCCCAAUCUCUGUUU